AUGAAGCAGUUGAACGCUCUCGCUGUUCUGCUCCUGGGCCUUCUCACGCCUGUCCUCACCCUUGCCGAGGGCAUCCAAUCCCCAUUGCUUCCCAUCCCCAAACCGCUGGGCCUCGAAAUCGGCGGCGAUGCCCCCCGGAAACCCUCCGACCCUUCCCCCAACCACCCCGACAACCCCAGCCCCACGCCUCCCAGCAAUCCUCCACCGCCGGGUUACAGCUCAGGGUUAACCCCAGACUUCGCCGCCCUCGACUCCGACGGCUGCUGCGACUGCCGCUACGAAUGCCUUGGCCUCGGGUCCAGCGAAAAUCCCAUCGACUUCGGCGACUCUACGCCCACCACUAUCAACUCCUGGAACACGUCGCCGUUUAAUGCCGACGGGUGCUUCGGCCACUCGUACACGGCGUUUAAUCUCUAUGGCGUCGGGUAUGGACGCUGGGGGUAUGAUCACUCCGACAUUGAUUUUUAUUUGAAGAAUCAGUAUGAUGAUCCCACUGGGAAAUAUGUUAUCCAGGUACAUCUCCCUUUCCCUCUUCCCUGCUCCCUCCUCCCCAUCCCCAGAUCGACUGACCGUGAUGUGACUGACAUCCCCCAUAGUUCGACAAGCCACUGGUCGACCCCACAAAGAGUUUCGGUGAUUUCGGGUAUGGGCAGCAGCUCUUCGAAGCAUACGUCAUAG